GUUUCGCGUUCAUGGAGGAGGCGCCAGCAGACGAGGACGACGCGCCCGGAAUGGAUGCGGGCCGUCGAGGGUUUGCUUUGAUGCCCCGGUUCCUGAUUCAAGGCAUUCGUGCGGGAGAUGGGCGCAAAGAAGCAGCAAGCCAACACGUCCUUCGCUCUCUCUACCUUCACCUACAUCGCCAUCGUGUUUGUGUUCAUCUUGAUUUCGAAUGCAAUUUCCGCGGUCAUUAGAGGCUGGUCGAACUUAACAGAAAUCUAUUAUGCCUUCAUCCCUCUCGCAACUACUGGCUUUGGGGACUUGACGACAGAUGAGCAACAUCAACAACCCAGCGCUUCUUCACCGUCUGCAAAUCACACUUCCUUGAUAUGUGGCCUAAGGAUACGACCUGAGGCACGGAGGUCGUUCGUCGAGGAUCCUGAAUAUUCUCUUGACAGUUUUGGCCGAAAAAAAAAAACGUCCCUUGAAUCAUAAAUCUAAACUGACUACGGCCGCAGCGACACGAAGCGAUCAAUUUCCGUGGCGAUAUAGGUGAUGCAUGUUAAGUUCACUGCCUUUUCGUAACUACCAGAAUUCUUUUAACAGUAUUUAACUAUUCAGGAUCAAACACAGAGUCACCAACACCCUGGAGAGCGAGGAAGCAUUAAAACUAAUGCUAAACGAAAAUAUCACAAAAUCAGUUGGGGCGCAGAUGACGAAACCAAAACAAGAAUCUAAGGGAAACUGGUCAUGUGAGAAAAGGGAGACCCAAGGUACAAAUAACCAGGUAUCUCCACUUC